AUGAAGACGACUUCCAUCCUCAUCGCUCUCGCAAGCGUGGCUGCUGCUCAACAAGCCGUCUCACAGAUUGGAGAUGGCCAGCUACAAGCCGGGACAUCCGCUGGCUCUGACUCUGGCUCUGGCAUGAGUGCCACGGGAGAUUCUGGUGCUGGAUCUACUGCUACUGGGGGCGUUGUUAGCCAGAUUGGUGACGGGCAACCACAAGCUCCAUCUCAAACCGGAGCUAUCGUCAGCCAAAUUGGCGACGGACAACCACAAGCUCCAGCACAAACUGAUACGGGAAGCGGAGCCAGUGCUUCGGGAAGUAGCAGUGAUUCCGGUGCUUCUCCUAGCGUUUCCAUCACGCCGUACACUGGUGCUGCUGUCCAGGUUGCGGCUGGAGGGAUGGCGGUUUUUGUUGGGCUUGUGGCUGUGCUUGCUCUGUAA